AUGAGCGAGGACGAGGACGAGGACGCCUCGAAGCUCGCCGCGCUUCAGGCCGAGCUCGCAACGCUCCGGCUCAAGGCGAAGGAGGGCGGCAAGCUGAGCGGCAAGGACAAGCGCCAGCUCAAGAAGCUCGAGGCGGCCGAGGAGCGGUGGAAGGAGUACGCCGCCGUCGCCGCGCCCAGUGCGGAUGGUGACGAGGGCUCGAGCGGCGGCGCGAUCGGCUCGCAGUUUGUGGCGACCUCCGACGGAGGCAGCCGCGUGGUGCAGAGCGCGUCGUCGCUCGGCGACGGCCUCGAGAUCCCGUCCUUCUCGAUCCGCGCGGGGAGCGUCGAGCUCUUCACCAACGCGCGGCUCUCGCUCAAGAAGGGGCGCAAGUACGGCUUCCUCGGCCCGAACGGCAGGGGCAAGUCCACCCUCCUCGCGCACAUCGCCAACCGCGCGCUCGCAAACAUCCCGGCCGGCCUCUCGAUCCUGCUCGUGGCGCAGGAGGCGCGCGCGUCGUCGGCGUCGGCGGUGGAG